GGUUAUAACCUUAAAUAAGUUUUUUUUAGAAGACUCUAGAAUCUAAUCUUCUUCUCCCUCUUUUCGUCUCCGUCGCCGUCCGUCCGUCGCACUCUUUUCGCAGUGACCUCUCUGCAACUUCAAUGGCGUCUGCACUUCUCACCUCUGCGAAACCCUUCAUUAGCACCCCUUCUCUAGCAUCCAAUCCCAGACCAGUUGGUCUGAGGAGAAAUUCUCUGAGAGUUAAUGCCAUUGCUACCAAAUAUGAACCCUCUAAGGUUGUGCCACAAGCUGAUAGAGUGUUGAUAAGGUUGGAGGCGUUGCCAGAGAAAUCUGCCGGAGGUGUUUUGCUCCCUAAAUCCGCUGUGAAGUUUGAGAGGUACCUUAUGGGAGAGGUUCUCUCAGUUGGAACCGAUGUUCGUUCUGAAGUUGAGGCGGGGAAAAAGGUUCUUUUCUCUGAUGUGAAUGCAUAUGAGGUGAAUUUGGGAACUGAUGAUGAUGAGAAGCAUGUGUUCUGCAAAGCAGGCGACCUGUUGGCAGUGGUCGAAUAGGUUCUGGCACUCGCGCAACAACUCUAGCAUCUUAAUGAAACUUUGUGUCUUUAUCUCUAAGUUUUGCAUGUUUUUGGUCAAAACUUCAUGUAUUAAAAGAGUAUUGAAUAUCACAUUCUAUGAAGCAUAUCUCAGUAAUUUAUGCCCUGCAAAGAGCGCCGUUUUUAUUCGAGUUAUGGCAUAUUAUUGGCACUGCUAGUGUCUCACAGAUAACAAAGACAAUGGCCCUAU